GUCCAACAGCGGACGAAGAUCAGUUACGGGACAGCCAUUGAGCUCCUCUACGGCCCUGGCGGUCUCUCAAUGAAAUCAGAGGCGAUAUAAGUGCCUCUUUUCUCUCUUUUACCGUGCAAUCGUUUCGUACACCGUUCAGCUGGCGUGUGAAGCAGCCCGAGCACCGCGAGACUAAGAUGCACGUCUCGGGGCCGCGGUCCUCGCGAUGGACAGCCUACCUUGGCCUCUUGUCCGCGCUUUCUGCAGCAUUCGCCCCUGCAGUCGCUGUCAAGGAGCAUGACUUCAAAAAGUGCCACCAGUCCGGCUUCUGCGCACGCAACCGGGCGUUCGCCGACCACGCCCUCGCUUCGGACACAUGGCAAUCGCCCUACAAUAUCGUGCCGGAAUCGGGAGCAUUCAAGGAUGGCCAGUACCAAGCUGUGAUUCUGAAGACCAGCAAUGACGGCAGCGAGACCGUCCGGCUGCCCGUAACUGUCUCCUUCCUCGAAUCUGGAACGGCGCGGGUCACGGUCGACGAGGAGAAGCGCCAAAAAGGGGAGAUCGAGCUGCGGCACAACAGCAAGGCCAGGAAAGAACGCUAUAACGAGGCAGAGCAAUGGGUCAUUGUCGGCGGGACGACCCUCGACAAGGCCGCCAAGGUCGACUACGAAGACAAGACACAGCUCACCGUCAAGUACGGCCCAUCCUCCAAGUUCGAGGCUACCAUCAAGUUUUCUCCCUUCAGCAUUGACUUCAAGCGAGACGGCAAGACUCAAAUCAAGAUCAACGACCAGGGAUUGCUGAAUGUCGAGCACUGGAGGCCAAAGAUAGAUAAGCCCGAGCCAGAGACGAAGGAAGGCGAGUCAACCGAGGAGAAUAAGGCGGAAGAAGCGAAGGGGGAGGAGCCCAAGGGCGAGGACGAGAGCACCUGGUGGGAGGAGACGUUUGGCGGCAACAUCGAUACCAAGCCUCGCGGCCCGGAGAGCGUUGCGCUCGACAUCUCGUUUGUUGGCUACGAGCACGUGUACGGCAUCCCGUCCCAUGCCAGCUCUCUCUCCCUCAAGCAGACACGCGGCGGAGAUGGCAACUACCAGGAGCCCUACAGGAUGUACAACGCCGAUGUCUUCGAGUACAUCCUCGACAGCCCCAUGACCCUCUACGGUUCCAUUCCGUUUAUGCAGGCCCAUCGCAAGGAUUCCAGCGUCGGCAUCUUCUGGUUGAACGCCGCCGAGACGUGGGUUGACAUUACCAAGGGCAAGGACUCGAAGAACCCGCUUGCUCUGGGCGCGAAGUCCAAGACUAGCACCCAUACCCACUGGAUCUCCGAGAGCGGGUUGCUGGAUGUGUUCGUCUUCCUGGGCCCCACCCCGAAGGACCUGACCGCCAAGUAUGGAGAGCUCACCGGUACCACGGCGAUGCCGCAGGAGUUUGCUUUGGGGUACCACCAGUGCCGGUGGAACUACGUCUCGGACGAGGACGUCAGGGAUGUGGACCGCAAGAUGGACAAGUUCAAGAUGCCGUACGACGUCAUCUGGCUGGAUAUUGAGUACACCGACGAGAAGAAGUACUUCACGUGGGACAAGCACAGCUUUACGGACCCCAUCGGCACGGGCAAGCAGCUGGACAGUCACGGCCGGAAGCUGGUCACCAUCAUCGACCCGCACAUCAAGAACGUCGACAACUACCCUGUCGUGGCGGAGCUCAAGUCGAAGGACCUCGCCGUCAAGAAUAAGGAGGGCAGCAUCUUCGAGGGCUGGUGCUGGCCGGGCUCGUCGCACUGGAUCGACGCCUUCAGUCCUGCGGCGCGCGAGUGGUGGGCGUCGCUCUUCAAGUACGACUCGUUCAAGGGCACCAUGGAGAACACGUGGAUCUGGAACGACAUGAACGAGCCGUCCGUCUUUAACGGGCCCGAAACCACCAUGCCCAAGGACAACCUCCAUCACGGGAACUGGGAGCACCGUGAUGUGCACAACCUGAACGGCAUGACCUUCCAGAAUGCCACCUACCAUGCCCUGGUCACUCGCAAGCCGGGCGAGUUCCGGCGGCCGUUCGUGCUGACGCGAGCCUUCUUCGCGGGCUCUCAGCGCGUCGGCGCCAUGUGGACCGGCGACAACCAGGCUGCGUGGGACCACCUGCAGGCGUCGAUCCCCAUGGUGCUUAGCCAGGGAAUCGCAGGCUUUCCCUUCGCGGGUGCCGACGUGGGCGGCUUCUUCGGCAACCCCGAGAAGGAGCUCCUGACUCGCUGGUACCAGGCCGGCGCAUUCUACCCCUUCUUCCGCGGGCACGCUCACAUUGACGCGCGCCGUCGCGAGCCGUACCUGGCAGGCGAGCCGUACAGCACCAUCAUCGCGGCGGCCCUCCGCCUCCGCUACAGCCUACUACCGUCGUGGUACACUGCCUUCCGCCACGCCCACCUCGACGGCACACCCAUCAUCAGGCCCAUGUUCUACACGCACCCUUCGGAAGAGGCCGGCUUUGCCAUCGACGACCAGUUCUUCGUCGGCAACACGGGCCUGCUGGCCAAGCCUGUCACGGAGAAGGAGAAGUUUGCCGUCGACAUCUGGAUCCCGGACAGCGAGGUCUACUACGACUAUUUCACGUACGACGUUGUCCCGACGGCCAAGGGCAAGACCGCCACGGUGGACGCGCCGAUGGAGAAGAUCCCGCUGCUCAUGCGCGGCGGCCACGUCUUCGCGCGGCGCGACAUCCCCCGCCGGUCGAGCGCGCUCAUGAAGUGGGACGAGUACACGCUGGUAGUCACCGUCCCGCGGGACGGCAAGCGCGCCGAGGGCGACCUGUACGUCGACGACGGCGACUCGUACGACUACCAGCGCGGGCAGUACAUCCACCGGCGCUUUGUCUUUGACGGCGGCGCCAAGAGCCUCGUCUCGGUCGACGCCGACGGUCGCGAGCCCGCCAGCGUGCAGGAGGGCGAGUGGAUGCAGAAGAUGCGCUCCGUGGGCGUCGGCAAGAUUGUCGUGGUCGGCGCGCCGGCCGCCUGGGCGAGCAAGAAGACGGUCAAGGUCGAGAGCGAGGGCAAGGUCUGGGAGGCCAAGCUCGAGUUCACGCCUGCCGAGCAGGGGCGGGCGGCGUUUGCGGUGAUCAAGAAGGUUGGUGCGAGGAUCGGGGCGGAUUGGAAGGUCGACUUCUCUUAGGCCCUGGCACUGUUUGAUGAGGAGAGGGUUUGGG